UUUAAAUGUUUGAAUUUAUUUGCAUUUUUUGCUUUCUCUUCUGCAUUUCAGAUUACUUUCUGUUUGGUUACUCAGAAAAAUGAAGAAAAUGAUAUUAACUUUUUUCUCUAUUGUUAUCAUUUACUAACUUUCAACAUUCCUUUUGCUGCAUUUCAUUUUCUCUGUAUCCAAACAAGCUUUUGUAAAAAAAAUUAUUGGAACUCUUUUAUAUUAUUUUGAGUUUUUAUUUUUUUAAUGAAAAUUGAGCUGUUAUUACUGGUGUUAUUUUUUUUUCUUUUAUGUUAACCGUCAUGCUAAAAUGACGACUUAACUGAUUCUACAAACCUAGAAAAAAACUUCACCUAAAUAGAGAACUUUAAUAAUGUUAUUAAUUAUUUUAUUAUUGCCUAAAUUACUUUAGUGUCCUUAAUCGCUUCGAAUUUUUUAAAAUUUCUACACGAUAAAGAUGUUACCGCUGAAGAUAUUGCUGCUUUGUGCAUAAGAUAUGGGUAAAAAACCGUGAUUGUUUGUUGAUAAGCUAAUUUCCACGAGAUAAUAACUAUUUUCUGACAGUAAUCAGCUUUUUCUCUUCUAUUUUGAACAGAAAAUUAGAGAAAAAGCGGAAAAAGGUUCUGAAAAUGAAUAAUUCUUGGUUCGACAAAGGCUUCAAUGGGGUUGGGGUCAAUGAUGAUUUCUUUGAUGACAUAAUGGAGUAUUUGGAUUUACCAUUUAAAGAAGUUGAAGGGGAUGACUGUCAUGGUAGUAAAGAAGAUAAUAAUGACGGUGAUGAAGAGUGGGAUUGUAACUUUGAGAACUUAGAGCCUCCACCCACCAAUGUUUUGGUCGGCUUGUCUUCUGGAUUUUAUGGUGAUUUUUUCAGUGAUAGUUUGGAGAAAAGCCUUACAAUUUCAUGUGAUGGAUCUUCUGAGCUAAACCAACAGUCAAGCGAUACCAUAUCAAGACAUCCAGACACCAGAAGAAGCAUUACCUUGCACAAUGAGUCUACUGAUGUGAAAGGUUCAACCUGGUUCCAGACUUCCAGUCCAGUAUCCGAGCUUGAAAGCAGCAGUUCUUGCUCAGGUGCAAAUCCUGCACCUCAUAACCCUGAACUAAGUUUCACAGUGAAGCGAGGUCGAAGCAAAAUCAAGCCCAGACCAGCAUCUACCUAUAUCCUUCAGUCCACAUUGCCUUCCAUAUCAUCCGCAUCCUUUGCCUCCAGGGGAUCUAAUUAUCUGGUUGGUUCUGAAUCUGAAUCAGAAAGCCAUCUUACAGAGAGAUAUGCCAAAAAGAGACAGAAGAAGAAAAAGAACCUGACAUUGUUUUCAAGUUCCAGCGAGAUCAAGAAAUCCUGCUCCCAACAGCCUAUUGUCAUUAUGAAAUGUAUGCACUGUGAAAUUACAGAAACUUCACAAUGGAGAGAAGGGCCAAUGGGACCAAAGACCCUUUGCAAUGCAUGUGGGGUUCGCUACAGGUCAGGACGCCUCUUUCCAGAGUAUCGUCCUGCCGCAAGUCCUACAUUCAUUCCGUCAUUGCAUUCCAACUCUCACAAGAAGGUGGUAGAGAUGAGAAAAAAAGCCAAGCUGCCGUUGUCAAACCCCCCCAAAAUGUCGUUCCAAUGGCAGUAGAUGUAUAGAAAGUGUUGUUUGAGAAA